AGUCUUGUGGCAUUUCCUGCUGCAGAGACUCCUUGGAACAGCUGUCCUGCUGCUUUCUAGCUUCGAUUUCUGCCGCGUUUCCUCGGGAUCUGUUGCUUUGCUAGAAAGAAGUCGCCGAGGGCAGCUUCCGAGGUCGGCUGAUGCCUUCAGGACCUCGAGGGCUGUGACAGAGAGACGAAGAAAGCAACCGCCGACUGCUUGUCCGAGCAAGGCGGCAGCGGGUGCUGCUCACAAGUGGCAAGGCAGAGGGGAGCAGGGCAGCCGCCGCAUGGCAGCGGUUUGGGGAAAGUGACACUUUGCAGGGAGGAGGAGGAGGAAUCCCAGGGUGUCUGACCCAGAGAAGCGUCUCUAAACAAUAUCCUCUGAGCCAGCUCGGCAGCCACAAGCCAGCAAGAAGGACAUCAUGACUGGUGUGCCGGGGAGAUGCUCGCAGAGGAACUUUGGACUAUGGUGAAGAGCCGCUUAGCAACAUGGGGAAUGCGCUGUUCUGAUCACCGGCAGGAAUUGGGGCAGGGGGGAUCAAGGGCUGUCGCUGCCUGCGCGCUGAGGAGAAAACACCUACAGCACAUGCCAUGAAGGAAGAGAACUUUCUUCGACGCAGGUUCUCACUCUGCCCUGCCUCAUCUACUCCUCAGAAAAUUGAUCCUCGCAAGCUCACCAGGAACCUGUUUUUUGGGGCUGAUAAUGAGAUCUACCCACUCAGCCCAGGGAAAGACAUGGAAGGAAACAGUUUGACCGUGCUGAAGGAUGAGAUUCCUCAGACUCCAAACUCAAUUAACAAGACUGAAUACAAGUUUUGCAAUGGAUCUGAUAAAGAGUGUGUAUCACCUACUGGUAAAAACAACAAGAAAGAGACUUUGAAGGUACAGAAGAAAAACUACAGGCAAGAGAAGAAAAGAGCCACCAAGCAACUUUUCAGUGCUUUGAAAGAUCCCAGUGUGGUCAUUAUGGCAGAUUGGUUGAAGAUUCGUGGGACUCUGAAAAGCUGGACCAAGUUGUGGUGUGUGCUGAAGCCUGGAGUGCUGCUGAUCUACAAGACACCAAAGACAGGGCAGUGGGUGGGCACCAUCUUGCUUCAUUCUUGCGAGCUGAUUGAGAGACCUUCCAAAAAAGAUGGCUUCUGCUUCAAACUGUUUCAUCCUCUGGAUCAGUCGAUUUGGGCUGUGAAGGGCCCAAAGGGAGAGAAUGUCGGUUCGAUCACACAGCCUCUUCCAAGCAGCUACUUGAUCUUCAGGGCAGCUUCCGAAUCGGAUGGCCGAUGCUGGUUGGAUGCUCUGGAAUUGGCCUUGCGCUGCUCCAGCCUCUUCAGGCUUAGUGCCUCCAAACAAGGGAAGGAUGGAGAACUGAACUGCUCAACUGAUUCUUCACACGCAGGACUGUACAACCUAUUGCACACAGCUACAAUCUCGGAUCAGGAACUUUUCCAACUUAAUGAAUCAGCUCUGGAGAACCACCACUUGGAGAACGAUGCUUUUUCAGACAAAUCUGAAAGAGACAAUAUAGAAGAAUCUGAGAAUGAAAUGCAUGAGAAUAACCGGAAGACAAACGAAAGUGAGAGCGAUCAGUCUGAAAUCCAUGGAGAGUUGUCCCAGGAAAAGAAAGGGACAACCUACCUAGAGCAGAACUAUGAAGAAUUUGGGGAGACGGGUGAAUCCUCCCAAACAGAAACGGUGUCUGAUGAAAACAAGAGCUUGAUGUGGAUUCUUCUGAAGCAGCUACGCCCUGGCAUGGACUUGUCUCGUGUGGUUCUGCCCACUUUCAUCUUAGAGCCACGCUCCUUCCUCAACAAGCUUUCGGAUUAUUACUACCACGCCGACCUACUUUCCCAAGCCGUUCUUGAAGAAGAUCCAUAUUGUCGCAUCAAGCAAGUCUUGAGAUGGUACCUGUCAGGCUUUUAUAAGAAGCCAAAGGGAAUUAAAAAGCCAUACAAUCCCAUUUUGGGAGAGACAUUUCGUUGCUGUUGGUUUCACCCACAGACUAACAGUCACACGUUUUACAUAGCAGAACAGGUUUCUCAUCACCCUCCUGUAUCAGCCUUUCAUGUCAGUAACAGGAAGGAUGGGUUCUGUAUUACUGGCAGCAUUUUAGCCAAAUCUAAGUUUUAUGGCAAUUCGCUUUCAGCAUUAUUGGAUGGACAAGCCAAGCUUACAUUUCUAAGCAGUGGGGAGGAGUACAUCAUUACAAUGCCGUAUGCCCACUGUAAAGGAAUUCUAUAUGGUACUAUGACAAUGGAGCUUGGAGGGAAGGUUACCAUUGACUGUGAGAAAAGCAAUCACCGUGCAGAACUGGAAUUCAAAUUAAAGCCCUUCUUUGGUGGCAGCACAAGCAUUAAUCAAGUAUCUGGAAAGAUUAAAUUGGGAGAAGAAGUGCUGGCGAGCCUCGAUGGACACUGGGAUGGAGAAGUAUAUAUAAAUGACCUGAAAAAUGGCAGUACAGAGACUUUUUGGAACCCAACCAGUGAGGUCCGAAAGCAGAGAUUGAAACGACACAUUGUGCUAUUUGAAGAACAGACAGAGUUUGAAUCUGAGAGACUGUGGCAACAUGUAACAAGUGCAAUCGGCAAAGGAGACCAGCACAAAGCAACUCAAGAGAAGUGUGUGUUGGAAGAGGAGCAGAGGAACACAGCUCGGGAGCGGAAGGAGAAUGGAACAGAAUGGAAGCCACUGCUCUUCUGGCAUGAUCCUGCCAUGAACGAGUGGCAUUACAAAUAUGAAGAUUUAAGGCCCUGGGACCCCUUGAACGACAUUGCCCAGUACGAGAAGGAUGGGGUACUUCAAACUAUGCAGAGGCACUUAUCUCAUAGACUGUCAGCUCACAAAAACAGGUGCAUCAACAGCCAAGUUGCACGGCACAAGAGGUCCACAAAUGAUUGUAGACGACGUAAAGCCAGUGAUCAACCGUCCAACAACAGCCAGAACACUGAAAGUAGCUGUUCGACACCAGAGUCUGUGCAGGAACUUUCAGAUGAUGAUGGUUUUGAAAGCCCAUGUACUCAGUGUGGAAAAGAAACCGACCAUUUGAAGGAAAUUCACACUGCUGUCUUAUCCCUCCAGAGAGCCCAAAAGGACAUUCACAGAAACCUCACUGCUUUGAACAAAAAGUCUCUCUAUAGGAGGGCCUCAUCUGAAAACCCCUUCCUGGACUCUCGCUGUUGGUUUCUUCUUUGCAUCUUUCUAACAUGUCAGCUCUUCAUUAAUUAUGUGUUCAAAUAAAAGCACUGCAUUUGGCAGCAAUAAAAAUUACCAGCUGCAGGAAUGAGACCUAAAUGCAAGGAGCCCAUGGAGGUACCAAGCACUUUAAUACCUACUCAGCCAGGAGCAGAAGGAAGAGAAAACAAGGUUAACCAGGGAACCUGCAGAGUUCUGUUCUUCAGAUGUUGUCAUUGCCUUUUUACAUGUACAUCUACAAGGACCUCUUUACCUGUUUGGGCCUUAAUGCUAAAGCCAAAUGUAGCUUUAAUUGUGCAAUUUUGUUUUCUAUGUCUUGUCUUUUUUCUGAUGCAAUUAAAAUUUACCAACCAGUAUUGGUGUCUCCUAUAACACUAUACACAUCUACUCGGUUUUGUAAAAUGGUUCCCAGUGGCUUGUUUUAUAGCUCUUCUGUGGGUGGGGGAGGGCAUUUUUCAUCAACCAAGAUGUCUUGUGCAUUAAUAAAUGUAUAGAAGGAAGCUUUGGGUGACCACCUGAAAACUCAAGCUAACUGGGUAUAGAUAGCACAGCUUCUCCUUGGAUCUUCUGGUCAGUGAUCACGCACACCAAAUGUCUGUGAACAACUCGCAUCGCACUGCAUUCUACUGAUACUGUAAAUAUGCACGAUUUCCUAAAGCCUGCCCCUUUUAGGAAAUAUAAGGCCUCCAUCAGUUGAUUAUGUCCUAAACUAUGUCCAUUGGGCCAGGAAUCAGACAUGCCUGUUUAUGAAACAGUUUGGGUUUUAUUUUUGUUUUUUAAAGCUGUUUUUUACAUUGAUUAAACCAUACACACACACACACACAAGCAAUGUAUAAAGGAAUGCCUCUGAAAUGUACCAUUAUUCCAGGGUGGGGGAAAGAGGAGAUGGGUGAGUAAGCACUUCUGUAUAUAGGUAAUUUCAUAUGUCACAAAAUCACUACAGUACAAAGGUUCACUGGGCUUAUUUUGUGACAUGGGUGAGCUUUUGUCCAUUGAUGAAUACGGGGUGGUUGUGUGAGGAAACAAUUUCUCGGGCUUUUCUGAAGCAAUCGGUUGUAUCCAAUUGGUUCAACUUCCCUGUGUUUUGUGUCAAGAGGCAACUGUUUUUUAGUAUCACAGAGUCCACUUCUCUGUAUAGGGAUAAUCCUGUGAUUGUUUGAAGGCACCCUGUGUAUGUCGUUUGCUUUUAGGUACAUUAAAGGUCAGGAAUAGUAAGGGUUUGCCACUGCAUCCUCCAAAUCUGUUGAUAGUCUUCCUAUUUUUACACCAUUUUUAAAAGAGUUGCAAUAUUUUAUGUAGAUUUGCAGCCAGUACUAAGCCUUUCUUUUCUGGCCUGAAGUAGUUCCAAGUGGUAAGUACUGCUAUAUAUAAAAAAGAUAUAUUAUAUAUAUACAGCCUUAAAAUAUUUAGUGGUGGUGCCAGUCUGGGCUAACUUUCAAUGUAAAUGUUUCCAGAUUUUUAACUACAUUCCUUGUGAUGUUCCCCUGGUAGGGGAAAACUUGUUUGUGCUUGAUACGUUGGAAUAAAAUUACACAACUUUCACUUA